UAUGUGGGCAUUAUUAAAUUUUCAUGAUUUUUCAGAAGAGGCUCUUGAAUCUUGAUGACGACACAGCGCUCUGGCUUCCCGAGCUUUGAGAGUGAGACCGGCGAAACUCAGAUCUGAAACCGGCUCCAAGAUCUGAAACUCCGCCCCCAUCCCCUUCCCGCCGGAGCAUUCAGCUACUGUUUGGGGAAUUGAUUGCUGGCGUGAACGUUGGAACUUUUACUAGUGUACUCUUUCUUUUCAGGUUCCUACUAUCACAAAAGCAUGUCAAGGAGGCCAGUAAAUCCUUCUCGACGUCUUGUUGAUGGUGGAAGUCUUCCAUUUGUGGGCUCAAUACAGUCCAAGUCACGCUCAUCGCCUUUACUAACCAUAGGGCUUGUUGUGGGUGCAAUUCUUCUUAUUGGAUAUUGUUAUCGUCUAUCAGGUGGAUCAAGAAGCAAUAUAGAGGCUGUGAGUAAAGUUGAAGGUGGUAUAUUGUGCUCAUCAGAAGUACAACGAGCAAUACCCAUUUUAAAGAAAGCAUAUGGAGAUAGCAUGCAUAAAGUAUUACAUCUAGGACCUGAUACUUGUUCAGUGGUGUCUAAAUUGUUAAAAGAAGACGAUACAGAAGCAUGGGGUGUGGAGCCCUAUGAAUUAGAUGACGCUGAUGCCAAUUGCAGAAGCCUUGUGCGGAAGGGCAUUGUGCGUGCUGCUGAUAUUAAGUUUCCCCUGCCAUAUAGAGCAAAGUCAUUUUCUCUCGUCAUUGUCUCAGAUGCAUUGGAUUACUUGUCUCCCAGAUACCUUAACAAAACUCUUCCAGAACUGGCAAGGGUUUCUGCUGAUGGUGUUGCUAUUUUUGUCGGCUUUCCAGGUCAGCAAAGGGUUAAAGUUUCGGAUCUAACCAAAUUUGGCCGUCCAGCGAAAUUUCGAAGCUCGUCUUGGUGGAUAAGGUAUUUUGUUCAGACAAAUUUAGAAGAGAAUGAAGCAGUGAUAAAGAAGUUUGAACAGGCUGCAAAAAAGAGGUCCUACAGUCCUGCUUGCCAAGUCUUUCACGUCAAAUCCUUCUCUUGAAAAAACUCAUAAACUGUAGUUUUCUGUAAGCUUAUUUCCAACCCUGUUUUGCUUUGCACAAAGUGCUUAGUGUCUUUUCCUUUUUCCCCUCCUCUUUCUAAAAGCAACAUGGAAACUGCAGAGCUCUAAUUUCUGUUCAGAUUGUCACAUAUAUUAGCUCUUUAAUUUAUAUGCAUUUUCAGUGAAGCAAAUUGCUGCUGCUAUAGGUUUUAGAAUAGGCAUUUUCUCUUGAGUGUUUGUUUGUAUCUUGGUAAAUUAUGAUAUAAUUAUUUGACAUACAUAAUCAAUUGGUGAUUUUUUCAGUGA